ACCCAGCUCCUCUCCUCAGGUACCAGUAUUCAGGCCCAUGGACUUGAUGGUUGAAGCCAGCCCUAGACGAGUGUUUGCGAAUGCUCACACCUACCAUAUCAACUCCAUCUCAGUCAACAGUGAUUAUGAGACCUACCUGUCUGCAGAUGACCUGCGCAUUAACCUGUGGAAUCUGGAGAUCACUGAUCGCAGCUUUAAUAUUGUUGACAUUAAGCCAGCCAAUAUGGAGGAGUUGACAGAGGUGAUCACAGCAGCGGAGUUCCACCCCAACCAAUGCAACACUUUUGUCUACAGCAGCAGCAAGGGCACCAUCCGCCUGUGUGACAUGAGGGCAUCAGCACUGUGCGAUAAGCACUUUAAAUUGUUUGAAGAGCCAGAGGAUCCAAACAAUCGUUCAUUCUUUUCUGAAAUCAUCUCAUCCAUCUCUGAUGUAAAGUUCAGCCACAGUGGACGCUACAUGAUGACCCGUGACUACCUGUCUGUCAAAAUCUGGGAUCUCAACAUGGAGUCCCGGCCAGUAGAGACAUACCAGGUGCAUGAAUAUCUCAGGAGUAAGUUGUGUUCACUCUAUGAGAAUGAUUGCAUCUUCGACAAGUUUGAGUGCUGCUGGAAUGGGAACGACAGCGUUGUGAUGACCGGCUCCUACAACAACUUCUUCAGGAUGUUUGACAGAGGCUACCGGCAGGACGUAACUCUAGAGGCGUCGCGGGAGAACAGCAAGCCGCGAUCGGUCCUGAAACCUCGCAAAGUAAGCACAGGUGGGAAGCGCAAAAAGGAUGAGAUCAGUGUAGACAGUUUGGACUUUAACAAGAAGAUCCUCCACACUGCCUGGCAUCCCAUGGACAACAUCAUUGCUGUGGCCACCACCAACAAUCUGUACAUAUUCCAGGAAAAACUGAACUAGAAUUUGUUGAACCGCUCAGAUCCCAGUUUCUGCUUGAGCCCCAUUGCUCUGAUACACACAUACAAACAAUAUCUGUCUGUCUUUGGCUAAAUCCCCAAGUCUUGAUAUGAUCUGCCCUUGGUGAUUUUAGUAUUAAAUGUGACGAGACUUACUCUGUCAACAACAAACAGUGGCAUUAACGCAGUACAUCCAAGCAGCCAUCACAAGCACACUUCCAUGUGUAUUUUAAAUACAAACAUGCAGGAUUUGUAGAUCUGAGUCCAGAAUUUGGGAUUUAGUGUCAUGGGUUUUCUCCAUUCGAGCACUCCAUUCACCGAGCUACCGUUUGCAACUCCACUACAUCCCAAACCAAAGGGAAAAUGUGUUAAAUGCACAUAUUUGGCUAGUUUGUUUAAUUAUUCUUUUGUGCCAUCGUGACAUGAUUCAUUUGUAUGUCAUAGCUUCCAAUUUGUUGUCCAAGUUUUUGUAGCGACCAUGUUUUAUUAGUUUGAAUAGGAAAUUCUUUCUCCUGUUUGUCUUUCUGUCACCAAGUUCCUUUUUGGCACUGGCCUGAGACACUGCUAAUACAAGCUGUCAACACUCCAUAUUUGCCCCCCUCAAGUAUUCGUCAAGUUGCCAAGUUCACUCACCCCUUCUUUCCUAAUGUACAGUAUGAUUAUGCUGUUAAAGGACUAAUCUGAUGUUUUACCAUGUUUUGAGCUCAUACUCUACAAAUAGUGUAUGAUUUACAUUACUGCUAACCUUUGUCCACAAUAUUUAUUAGAUCAAAUAUCGAAUUUGAAGGCAGCCACUGGUUUACAUUCAUUUCUCUACAGAAAGAAAGUCAACUUACUUUGAACUGACUUAACAUGUAUUCCAUCACAGUAAACUUGUUGUUGUUUAGGUCCAAGUUGUAGUGCAGUUGCAACAGCAGGAAAACUAGGGCUGCACGACACAGUAAAAAAAAUCAUAUUGAAAUUAUUUUGCUAUAUGAUUCACAAUUAGUGGAACGGAUCGUUUUUGUAUCACAAUUUUCACAGAAAAGAAAUGAUUAAAAUCAUGAUUACAUGUUUUUGUUAGGAUCUGUACCAGACAAACAUGUUUUCUUACCUCUGGUGAAUGUGAUUGUCUCCACAGAACUAUAGCACGUCAUUAUUAUACUCACACAUUUGACCUUUUUAUCAAAAAAUUUGCUGCUGGCAAUUUGGAUAUUGCACCUGGCCAUACUGCAGUUUCCAUAAUAAUCCAAUUUAUGGUGCAGCCCUUAGGAAAACUUAAGCGUAACGUAACAUCUGACACUAAAAGUAAGUUUGUCUUCAUAACAACAUCCAUUCUUAAUGUUUUUCUUCUGCAUUAGAGAUCCUGAUACAAUAACUUCUAAGUGUUCAGCAUCAGUCAAAACAAUCUAGUCUCACUGCAUUUCCUGACUAAAUGCUCACUGCGAUGGAUUAGUUACCUCAGGCAAGAUUCAAGUCUGUAAGUUGAUUUUCAUUGUGUACUGAAACGGCUACAUGUAGGGAAAUAGUCGGCAGUAAUGUAUGUAAUUUCUAGCUAAUGGCCUAAAACAUGAAAGUGUCAUCCUUUUUUAACAUACAUACAAGAAUAGUGCGCGCAUGCAUUCGUCGGGUGUUGAAUGGGGGCUGAUCAUGCCAAAGUUACCACUCCUGCACUGAGUUAUAUUCAUUUACAGCUGUGUAGCAGAGAAGGUGCACCCGGCCCACCAUAUGAAGCUCAGGACAAAAGCUUAUAUACGUUGGAAGGGGCGUGAUGGCGUCGUGUAGCCUAAUUCUCCCGUGGUCAGCGGCACCAAAAAGGUGUGCCGCUGCCAGCUUCCCCCCACAAAGCCUGUUGUGUUGUUGCAGAUUGAUCGACCGCUUUACCCUCUUGAUCUAGUUUCUUUUUUUGUAGAGUUUUUUUUUUUUUUUUUUAAAUGAUGUUUUGUACUGUACCCGAUAAAAGAAGAAUAAUCACUAUAGCUGAUUUAUUUUUGUAUAAAUUAAGGCAAUAGGAUUACAGUCUGAUCACUGUAGUUUCUUUAGCUGUCUAUCUCAGACUGAUUGUAGAUGGAAGGUCGCCUGAUGGGGUAACCUUGUCAUGACUUUGGGACAUUUUCUGGCAGGUAUUUCUUUAAGCUAGAGACUUUUUGUGACAUCAAGGAAGUGUGUCGUUUCUCUCGUGGGAUGUCCAAAGAAAAGUAUUUUCAGGUGUCAGUACCUCUGUAGUCAUAAGCACUAUAACAGUUUAUUUUUUUAAUUUGGCUGACUGUAACUGAUGUUUAUGUAAAACUUAUUUAGAGGCUUCAGAGUCAAUUUGGAUCUUCAAAUUCUGUUUUUGUGCCAUGGUUUUGUUUAUGAAUAAUUGUGCUCGCUGUGAAAGAAUAGACCCUUGUGGGUCUAAACGGGGAGAGACAUUUUAAUGAACAUGUAAGGUUAAAUCAAAUUCUCUAAAGCUAGUCAAGUCGGUUGACUAGGCAGAGUUACUGAUUUUGAUUUAUUGUAUGAAAUGUCAUCUCUCUCCUGUGAUGCAGGAGAAUACAGAUUGUUUAUUGAAAAAGGAGAAUUUGUGAAGCACUUGGUUUGCCGAUGACUGUAUGGAACAUGGGAAGAAUACUUCAAGAAAUUAACUCUGCUGUUUCUCUGCUACACUAUGCGUCAGUCACAUGCUGCCAGUUCUCUUUGGAAGCAAACAGGUUGAUUUAUGGCAGUUUUCCACUUCAUUACGUGUUGAUGACAGAUUAAGCCAUUUAAUCAGGGCAUGAAGCUUAUUGGUCCACUGGAUCAUAGUUAUGUAAGUUAAUGUGUCACUCCUGCCGUAGAGAACUGGGCCCCGUUCUUCGUACGUGGAAGCUGGUUUAAAAUGAAUCUGGAGCUGCUGUCAGAGCAACAAGUCCUUAAGCUCAAACCUGUUAAAGAGCAGCUUUUUGACAGUUAACUGGAUCAUGACCGAGAGGUUUUACGGUGAACCCCAUACAUGAACUAAAGAUACAAAUGGCUCACUUUCUUAGAUUUCUAAUAGUGUUCUUAUACAAAUAUAAUUUUAGAUGAAAACAUGCAGGUUAUUGUAAAAAUUACCACGAUCUGUUCGUAAUGACCACAACUCAGUUUUCAUUAUGAAGUGUUAUUGAUACUUAUACAUGAUAAAUCUGUACAACUGAAUUUAGUUAGAGAUGCUAUGGGCAAAGAAAUAAACUCAACUAGAAGAUUCUGGUUAUUAAAACACCAAUGAAACCAGAAGAUGUGGCAUUUAAUUUGACAUUAAAAUGUGAAUUUAUCAUUUGAAUUAUACUAAAAGUUGCAGCUGCUUUUUUUUAGAGAUUUUAGUGAAGUAUCAUCUUGAUAGCAGGUUUAUGAUUCUUAAAAGUCUCUUGUACGUCUGAGUGAACCUCCGCUGAUUAUGCACCAACAUCACUCGCAGUACGUUCAUAUAUGUUAACAAUGAUCAAAGUGUGGAAACAUGGUGGAGAACAAAAUGAGUCCAUGAAUCUGUUGUCCCAGUGCGUGCCGGGAGGGUUCCUAACACACCUACCUCGUGUACCUGCAACCGUGCGAUCAACACCAAUCUUAGGGAAGCCGAUCAUGAUUCCAACACUCUACUCAUUUGUCUUUAUUUCAAAAUAAGAGAGCGGUAUUACUCAUCCGGGAUUAACAAAUAGAUCCUCUAACUGCUUUCCAAGAACCAAAUCAUCUGGAUUAGAACAAACAGGAUUAUUUUAGCCUGAUAGCAAACACAUUAGACUCAAUUAGUUAAGCUACAUUUGAAGAACAGGGCCCUGAUCACUAGGACGCUACCAAAACUACCACCCAUCUCCAUACGGCGGCGGUAAGCUACUGCUGAGUGUCACUCUCUCAGGGCUCUGGGUAACAUGAGACACUUUGCUAAUCUCUGUUUUUAUUUUGCAACCAUUCUGAACAACGUUUCUUCAUUGUGUAAUGCAAGAUUGUGUCUGUGUGAGGGUCAUUCAAGUUAUUUGCCUCGUGUCAUUUAUGUGUAAACCUGUAUAUCCAUUCCACGGUCAUGGAUGAUUCAAUCAGUUAGCCACCAAUGUUCUCACUCACUGUUCAAUAACUGCUGUUCUAACAACUGGUUUGAAGAUGUGUUUCAAAAAUAGUGCUAGAUCAGAAAGAAAUGUUGUAAUAGACGCAGCAGAGGCGGUUAUCGCAGACUGUACGAGUGUCAGAGCAUUAUUGGAAAACGGUCACUGACCUUCAUUUAAAAGAUAAACAACUAACCGAUUAUCGUUUUCCACGUUCCCCUCAUAUUGUCUUCAUAGCUAUUGUUCAAGGCUAUGGUGUAAACCACAAAGACGUUCAGACGAACCCUAAUGCCUUUCUUAUAGCAUUAAGAAGAAAUAAGAUAAUCAAGUAUGUUUCUUGAACUUUCUGGCGUGCCAGACGGGAGACUGCUCAGGGGAAUUUACCGCUGCUCUGUGAUCAAAACCUUGUACCUUCAAAAAAAAAAAAAAAAAAAAAAAAAAAAAAAAGCAGCUUUUCAGGACUUUAUUAAAAACUGCCUUAUUCACAGGUAGAUCAUACACUUUUGAAAUUCAAGUUGCUAUAAUUGUUUUUUGAACAUGAACCUUGGGGGGGGUAACUCGCCUUCUACAAAAAAAAGGAUCAUGAACUCUCAAGGAAACUGUCUAAAUUGGAGUUAUGAGGUUUUUCCACUUGAAGCAGCAUUGUCUAAUGUAUCACAGGAGUUAAAACAAAAAUGCACUUUUUAUUUUUGUGAAUUUCAUUGAUUUGUAUGUUUUUUUUUCUUUUUUUUGUUUAUUUCUUUUAAGGGGCUCUUGAAUAAAGAUUGUAGGAGAGUUUUGGUGAUCUGUUUGGGGGAGAAAACUACAAAUGGUUCAUUGUACAGCUAUGUUUAUCUUUGUCAAAUGGAAUAAAGUACAAUUUAGAUGAAAAGUAAUAAAGAAUUUCAAACCUGAA